AUGAAAAGCUUCAUCGAGGCCUUCACAAAGCCCGUCACCACUUCAUCACGCGACUCUUCAUCCUCUCCACAUUUGAAUCAUUUCCUAUAUGGUCUAUUGCCCACCGCUUCAAGGGACACCAUAAAAAACAUCGAUGAUCUCAUUUCCGCUCUGGAGGAUGAGUAUAUCCGAAACGGCCAGGGACGGCGGCUGGAUACAUCAAAUGCAAAUCAAAGCUCUGAGUCUCCGCACAGGACGGGAGCGGCAAAACGCCGCCAACGGAGUGAUCAUCUUUGCCUCAUCACUUUCAAAAGCAUAGUGGCCGGUCAGUUGCUUGAGGACACGUUCACUUCUUUGAUGAAAAGUGGUGUUAAAUGGAACGGCAACUACACGUCGCUUCUCCCUGAUGUGGCGGCUCAAAUUUGUGCAGAGUCGGGUGCCAAGCACAAAACGACUGCUGGCAGAGUGAUCGAGCAAAAAGCAGAAGCCAAAUACAAGAAAACCGAUAAAUACACUACAAAGACUGCCGCCUACAAGCCGAUCAGACGCCAAAUCGACUCUCUUCGAUGCUCAAUCUCAGCCCACAAGGAUCAGAAGAAAUAUUGUUUGGUAUGGAGAAAUUUCCUCUGGUUGCCUCUCACCUGGCGUCCAAUGGAGAACGUGGUGAGUGUCGGGGAGAGCAUCAACGGAGAUCGAUCACCGCCG